ACUCUAGUGUUGAAAAUAACCGGUAUAACGAAAUUUACUACAGACUCUGGUGUUAAAAAUAACCGGUAUAACGACAUUUAUACGGACUCUAGCGUUGACGAUAACCGGUAUCACGACAUUUAUACAGACUCUAGUGUUGACAAUAACCGGUAUCACGACAUUUAUAGAGACUCUAGUGUUGACAAUAACCGGUAUCACGACAUUUAUAGAGACUCUAGUGUUGACGAUAACCGGUAUCACGACAUUUAUAGAGACUCUAGUGUUGACGAUAACCGGUAUCACGACAUUUAUAGAGACUCUAGCGAUGACGAUAACGGGUAUCACGACAUUUAUACAGACUCUAGCGAUGACGAUAACCGGUAUCACGACAUUUAUACAAACUCUAGCGUUGACGAUAACCGGUAUCACGACUUUUAUACAGACUCUAGUGUUGAAAAUAACCGGUAUAACGACAUUUAUACGGACUCUAGCGUUGAAAAUAACCGGUAUAACGACAUUUAUACGGACUCUAGCGUUGACGAUAACCGGUAUCACGACAUUUAUACAGACUCUAGCGAUGACGAUAACAGGUAUAACGACAUUUAUACAGACUCUAGCGAUGACGAUAACCGGUAUCACGACAUUUAUAGAGACUCAAGCGAUGACGAUAACCGGUAUCACGACAUUUAUACAGACUCUAGUGUUGAAAAUAACCGGUAUAACGACAUUUAUACGGACUCUAGCGUUGAAAAUAACCGGUAUAACGACAUUUAUACGGACUCUAGCGUUGACGAUAACCGGUAUCACGACAUUUAUAGAGACUCUAGUGUUGACGAUAACCAGUAUCACGACAUUUAUACAGACUCUAGCGAUGACGAUAACAGGUAUAACGACAUUUAUACAGACUCUAGCGAUGACGAUAACCGGUAUCACGACAUUUAUAGAGACUCUAGUGUUGACGAUAACCGGUAUCACGACAUUUAUACAGACUCUAGUGUUGACGAUAACCGGUAUCACGACAUUUAUACAGACUCUAGUGUUGACGAUAACCGGUAUCACGACAUUUAUACAGACUCUAGUGUUGAAAAUAACCGGUAUCACGACAUUUAUAGAGACUCUAGUGUUGACGAUAACCGGUAUCACGACAUUUAUAGAGACUCUAGUGUUGACGAUAACCGGUAUCACGACAUUUAUACAGACUCUAGCGAUGACAAUAACCGGUAUAACAACAUUUAUACAGACUCUAGUGUCGACGAUAACCGGUAUCACAUUUAUACAGACUCUAGUGUUAACGAUAACCGGUAUCACGACAUUUAUACAGACUAUAGCGAUGACAAUAACUGGUAUCACGACAUUUAUACAGACUAG